AUGAGUAAACCUUACGGAGGAGUAGAUGCAGAAGAGGAAGAUCCGAAACACAGCUCAGUAAACGUCCAAACGCACCGACAGGACACGAGACAACAACAGCAACAACCAUCAUCAUCAUCAUCCCGCCAAACCUUUGAUGAAGGAUCUUCACAACUUAAAUCUUCAGGUUCUGAAUCAACAGAUUUCACUUCCCCAUCAAAAUCACUAAAAAGUUUCUUUUUCAAAAACAGACUAUCGUCUUAUUCAAUUGAUAGUAUUACCGAACAUCCAGAACUAGAGGGUUCUUCAUCUCAACAACAACUACAUGCAGAAGAUAUCCCUCCUUUGUCUUCCUCCGUUCCAGAUCGUAGUAAGAAAGCCUCAAUUGGCAGCAUAGAACUCACACCGACCAAAUCCCCAAGAUUACUGAAUUUUAGUUUACGACCAAUGUUUAUGAGAUCCAGAUCUUCAGGAGUAUCAGAUACAACGACAGGAAGUACUUCAAACCUACCACCAACAUUAACCUCACAACACCAACAAGCAUACGAGACACCAAUAGUAUUGGGACAACAGCGUCGAACUACAAUUGAGGAUUUUGCAGAUACUGAGUCUGAAGCAUCCGACACUAGCGGAGAACACAAAACUGUAAAUCAUAAUCAAAAAGAUAAAGUUGAAGAUGAUGAAGAAGCAGAACGUGCUGACUCCAUAAAUUCUCUUCUACAAGAAUAUAACUACCGACAGUCUGGAACAGGAACACAUGAAAGAGAAAGUAAACAAUUUGUGUUUAAAGAAGAAUUUGAUGAUAGCUCAAUUAAAACAAAGUCAAGACCUACCAGUAGGAUCUUUUCAGCAGAAGAGAAUGAAGAAUUGAAGGCAGAAAUUAUGAGACAUGGAUCCGUCAGAAGUUCAGGGUCUGCUACUUUAAAAACAGCAAAGGGAGGGAUUAAUAGAAGUGCUGCACAACAACAAUACAUUGAUACCCAUUUGGCACAACAACAUCUUGGUGACACUAGAAAACAUAUUGAAGUCAUUGAUCCUAACAUUCCUAAUGAACCUUCAAGUGCAACCACAGUGGAAAGAGUAGAAGACGAAGAACGAGAAGCUAGCACUCCGGGAAGUGGAAUUCAAGAAGUAGUUAGUGAUGAUUCACCUACUGUUUUGAAUAGAUUAUCAAGAGCAUCCAAUGAUAGUAGUAGUGGUGCCAGUGGAGCUGGCGUUACUCCAGGACAAUAUAACGAGAAUCGAAGUAGUACUGCCAGUAGUGCCAAUUCACUUAGGUUUAGAAUUUAUAACGACAAGAUUGAACCAAUAAAGCAACAACCUUUGACAUCAUCAAAACAUAUCAGUACAUCAACUACUUUUGCUGAAGCAGCAGCAGUCGCAGCCGUUGCUAGUGGAACAGCUAGUGCUGGAUCAAACCCAGCAAAUAGAUCUUCUUUAAGAGCAUCGAUUGCAUUUAGUGAUGAAAGUGAUUUUGAGGCCAAAUAUCCUGAACCAACCAUUACACCAUCCCAAACACCACGUGUAACAAGAGAUAGUGAUAGUUCACCAUCGAGUGGGAAGACAAAUUCGGUUAGUAACAAUAAUAGUAGUAUUUCAUAUGAAGUUCCUGCUGCAAUAGCUGGUCUGUUGCCAAGAUCAUCAUCAGGUAGUAGUAUUCAAUCCAGUAGGAGACCUACACUGUCGCAACAACUGACACCUACCAAGCAGUUACAAUCAAGGUUACAAGAGCAGCAACAUUUUGCUGAUGAUAGUGAUAAGACUAGAACUACAACAACUGGUGGUGAUCUAACUUCUACAGGUAUGUUUAAUGAGACUAUGAUCAAAGAAAUGCGCCAUAGAAGUUUAGCACAUUCUUCAAUGUCAUCAGGCGAAUUAUUACAAAAUUUGGAGCAAUCUUAUGAUUAUUCUAAAAGUCAAGAUAAUAGUGGUAACAGUGAGGAUCGGUCAUCUGCACAACAAAACACAUCACAACUGCAUGAACAACAACAAGAAGAGAAACAUAAACAACAACAGGAUACUGAAUCCAAAAGAAGUUCACAAUCUCAAGGUUCUCCUGUAGUGUAUCAAUUCAAUAUUAGAGAUCUGCGAGUUCCACCCCCAAUCCAGUCUCCACCGCUGGUUAAGCCAAGUCCGUAUGCACAAUUAGUGUCCCCAGAUUCAUUAGAGGACGAUGAUAUAAUUAGAGCGUCUGCCCCACGUUCUAUUGAGAUUCCAAUUAGCGAUAAAGAAAGCUCUGAUGCAAGAGAUCUUACCCUUGUUGGGGAAAACAUGACUGCGGGUUUGGAUUCAACCAGUGACUUACCUGUUAUGUUGUUUAAAGUUCAAGAUAGAAAUAGUCAGAAUCAAAACCAGAGCCAUGCUCAAUAUAUUGACGAUGAGAAUUCUGACGGAUCACUGGGAACUGGUGUAAACACGAGUGGUUCCACCAAUGCAAGUUCUGGUGGCUCAGCCGUCCUUGGGACUGGUUCUGCAGCUGCUGUAGCUACUGUUGCUGGUACUUCUGCUGCUGUUAAACAAGAAACUAGAUCUAGUGGAAGUUCAGAUAAUUCAAUUAGAAAUAUUGUAAACAAGCAUUUUAAAAACAUUGGAGAUUCCGUCAAUUUGAAAAAUAGACCAACUUUGGUUGCCAUUGGUAACAAUAAUAAUAGAAGUCCAACCAAUAGUCAAACCAAUGGUAAUAAUCAAUUAAACACCUUUGAUGAGAAGGAGCUUAUUCAAUUGCCUACACCAACUGGAGAUAUUGAGAGUCAAGAUAGUGAGUUGGUAGAAUAUCCAUGGUUAAACUGGUGGUUUUUAAUGAUUCUUGGAAUACUUAUUCCGCCAUUAUUCUUUUUAGUUCCUGCUGGAGUAUUAGAUGGAAGCUUCACAGGAUUAAGAUAUGCCGAUAAAAAAUAUAGAAAAUUCAACAAGAAACAGAAAAUCAUUAGUUUUGUAUUAGGGUUAAUUUGGAUUUUAAUUGUAUUAGGAAUGAUUGGUGUCGGGCUUGGAGUAGGGCUCACACGAGAACCAUAA